AUCGGCACAGUGCGACACGGUGCUCGGAUCAGAACGGAGCAGAUUGCAGAGGAUCGAAAAGCAGCGCGGAUCGCUCAGAGUGCACGUGAUAGACGCUCAGAGGCAGCUUGUGACAGCAGAGCUCUGUGCUUUGCUGUAGCUGUGCUCGUGUGUGCUAAAGUGUGAGCGAAUAAGCGUUGGAGGUGUUCGGAUUUGGUCGAUUCGGAUCAAAGUCAGGAGCAAUGAAGUUGAGCUGCGUCCUCCUGCUGGCCCUGGUUGCCAUGGUAGUCGCCGACUCCAGCGAAUAUUACCAGAGCGACUACAGCCAGGAGUACAGCCAGGAGCCGUCCAACUAUUACAGUAGCAGGAGGGGCCGGCCGGCCAGCCGAGGCAUUUUCGGGAAGCUGAAGAACCUGCUGGGCCUCGGAGCCACGCGCCGUCAGUUCACGGGUCCCACAGGGACCGGCACUGGGUUCACCGGAGUGGGCGCCACCGGGGGACAGUUUAUCGCCCAGCCCGCCACCGGCGGAGGAUUCCCCCUGCUGCCCAUCCUGCUGGGAGGACUCGGUCUGGCCGCCCUGGCCGCCCUCAUCGGAGGACUUUUCCUCGCUACUCAGCUCAACAACUCCGGCCGUGGCCUGGACACGGACGAGUGGGAGGUAGACCACUCCGUCUGGAUGGACCAGCUCCAGAAGGACUUUGAGGAUUCGUGGAACACUCAGUAGCGUGACAGACUGAACUGAACGUGUUUUGAAUACCUGAUGGUUUGAUAUAUUUAUUCAGAAGUCCAUCUUCUGGACUAAACGCUUGCCGACCUUAUUGCUCAACUGUUGUUCAUGCGAGAAGCAGAAAACGUCUAAAUGACCAGGGCUUCAGGAGCCGUAAGCUAAAAUACUUUCGCGUCAAACACUUAAACAAAUUAUUUCAAACGCUUCGGCCUCGCCAUGGUGACCUUGUGCUUUGUUCAUCAAAAUUACACCAAAAUCUGCAAAUGUGUAUUACUUGCAAUUUAGAAAAAAUGUUGAACGUGUCUGGUAAUGCCAAAUACCCCCGUCUUUCAUACCAGGCAGACCGCCGAAUUUCUUAUUUUUGUUAGGAACUUGACAUUCUACAAGAUCGCUUCUAUGUGUUGUUAUUUUUGUUGUUGUUGCUACCUCUGUUAUUUUGUUUUGUUGACUGUUGUAUUUAGUAUUGAACUGGUGUUUGCUUGUGAUUUACAUGUUUUGUUAUUAUUGCAAUAAAAUGAGUUUGAUCACA